AUGAUUUCUGCGAUUCAAUGGAUCCGUAAAGGAGCAGCUGCUCGUCAUCCUAAUAAAUAUGAUUUAAACGAUGAAGAAUACAAUAGAAUUAGUAAAUUAGCUGCUGAAGAAUUAGAAGAUGCUAAAGAGGAAUUAAAAGCUGCUGAAGCGAUGGCCGUCGAUUCUACCAAGUCAGAUGGGGAUAAAAAGGAAGACGAUGAAUUAGCUAUUUACAAUUUGGAUAAUUAUGAAGCUGAAGUUGAAGCCUCUAAGAAAAAGGUCGGUAUCUUCUCGAAUAUUAAAGAUUUAUCUUAUUAUGAAAACGAUAGCGAAGAUCCUUAUAUUACAUUAAAAGAAAAUGUGGACGAAGAAGAAGAAAAACAGGAAUUAGAAAUUUUACCCACUGAUAAUAUGCUAUUAGCAGCCAAGACAGAGGAUGAUAUUUCACAAUUAGAAGUUUAUGUGUAUGAAGAAAAUGAAGAUAAUCUUUAUGUACAUCAUGAUAUUAUGUUACCUGCAUUCCCUCUUUGCCUUGAAUGGUUAGAUUUCCAUACAAAUCCCAACAAAUUAAACAAUCAAAAUAAUAAUACAGCUGGUAACUAUGUCGCUAUUGGUACCUUUGAUCCAAAUAUUGAAAUUUGGGAUCUCGAUACAAUUGAUGUCAUGUUCCCUGAAACCAUUCUUGGUUACACAGAUAAAACCAAAAAGCGUUCAAAGAAAGUCAAUAGUGAAUAUCAUGUUGAUGCUAUUAUGGAUCUUGCUUGGAAUAAGCAUCAUAGAAACUUCUUGUUAUCUUCAUCAGCUGAUGGCACAGUCAAGUUAUGGGAUUUAACUACGUCAAAGUGUGUUCAAUCCUACACACAUCAUACAGAUAAAGUACAAUCCGUUGUCUGGUACCCUACAGAGCCUACAGUAUUUAUUUCAGGCUCAUACGAUAAAACAGUGUGUGUGCUUGAUGCACGAUCACCUAAUGAAGUAACACGAUGGACGCUCACAAGUGACGUUGAAUCAAUUCGUUGGGACCCUCAUCAACCUUCUUGUUUUUAUGUUGCUAUGGAAAACGGUAUGGUUCAAUAUUAUGAUGUACGUCAACCAGGUAAAGCUCUUUUCACGCUACAAGCCCAUGAUGAUGCAGUUAGUGCACUGGAUGUGAAUCCACUUGUGCCUAAUUGUAUUGCAACUGGUAGUACAGAUAAAUCAAUCAAGAUUUGGAAUACAACUGAUAACAAGCCUAGCAUGGUCACCAGUCGUAAUUUUGAACUUGGACGUAUCUUCGAUGCUCAAUUCUGCCCUGAUUCACCAUUCCAAUUAGCCAUUGCAGGUUCUAAUGGUAAAAUGCAUGUCUGGGAUAUGUCAUCUAAUGCUGGUGUUCGUCAAGCUUUCCGUCAUCAAUCCUUGGCGAUUGCUGAUUCUGUUGAAGAAAAGAAACCUGUAACGACUCUUGAUGAUGAAGAAGAGGAUGAUGAUAUGGAAGAUGAUGAGCCAUUACGGGAAGAAGAUAUGGAAGAAGAUAGUGAUUAA